UCUUCUUCUUCUUCUUCUUCUUCUUCUUCUUCUUCUUCUUCUUCUUCUUCUUCUUCUUCUUCUUCUUCUUCUUCUUCUUCUUCUUCUUCUUCUUCUUCUUCUUCUUCUUCUUCUUCUUCUUCUUCUUCUUCUUCUUCUUCUUCUUCUUCUUCUUCUUCUUCUUCUUCUUCUUCUUCUUCUUCUUCUUCUUCUUCUUCUUCUUCUUCUUCUUCUUCUUCUUCUUCUUCUUCUUCUUCUUCUUCUUCUUCUUCUUCUUCUUCUUCUUCUUCUUCUUCUUCUUCUUCUUCUUCUUCUUCUUCUUCUUCUUCUUCUUCUUCUUCUUCUUCUUCUUCUUCUUCUUCUUCUUCUUCUUCUUCUUCUUCUUCUUCUUCUUCUUCUUCUUCUUCUUCUUCUUCUUCUUCUUCUUCUUCUUCUUCUUCUUCUUCUUCUUCUUCUUCUUCUUCUUCUUCUUCUUCUUCUUCUUCUUCUUCUUCUUCUUCUUCUUCUUCUUCUUCUUCUUCUUCUUCUUCUUCUUCUUCUUCUUCUUCUUCUUCUUCUUCUUCUUCUUCUUCUUCUUCUUCUUCUUCUUCUUCUUCUUCUUCUUCUUCUUCUUCUUCUUCUUCUUCUUCUUCUUCUUCUUCUUCUUCUUCUUCUUCUUCUUCUUCUUCUUCUUCUUCUUCUUCUUCUUCUUCUUCUUCUUCUUCUUCUUCUUCUUCUUCUUCUUCUUCUUCUUCUUCUUCUUCUUCUUCUUCUUCUUCUUCUUCUUCUUCUUCUUCUUCUUCUUCUUCUUCUUCUUCUUCUUCUUCUUCUUCUUCUUCUUCUUCUUCUUCUUCUUCUUCUUCUUCUUCUUCUUCUUCUUCUUCUUCUUCUUCUUCUUCUUCUUCUUCUUCUUCUUCUUCUUCUUCUUCUUCUUCUUCUUCUUCUUCUUCUUCUUCUUCUUCUUCUUCUUCUUCUUCUUCUUCUUCUUCUUCUUCUUCUUCUUCUUCUUCUUCUUCUUCUUCUUCUUCUUCUUCUUCUUCUUCUUCUUCUUCUUCUUCUUCUUCUUCUUCUUCUUCUUCUUCUUCUUCUUCUUCUUCUUCUUCUUCUUCUUCUUCUUCUUCUUCUUCUUCUUCUUCUUCCUCUUCUUCUUCCUCUUCU